AUGCAGCUUAAAGCGCUCCUUCUUCUCCUUGGCGCCACUCUGGCCAUUGCCAAGCCACUCCAGGUCCGUGGAGGUGGCGGCGAUGAGGGCGGCGGCGGCGGUGAGGGCGGCGGUGAUGGUGAUGGCGGCUCCGGAGGCGGUGGUGACGGUGGCGGUGACGGUGGCGGUGACGACGGUGGCUCCGACUACGUCGCUUGCACCCCCGGUGCUCUCUACACCAACGCCCAGUGCUGCGCUACUGAUGUUGGCGGAAUCGCAGACCUCGACUGCGAGAACCCCGGGACCAUCCCCACCAGCGCUGAUGACUUUGCCGCCAGUUGCGCUACUGUUGGCAAGACGGCUCGCUGCUGUGUCAUCCCCGUGCUCGGCCAGGAUGUCCUAUGCACCGACCCCCAGGGCCUUUAA